AACAUCCGGUCUAUGUGCUCCUUUUUCCUGUCAGCUAAUGCGGAGUUGUGAUGUUGUGUAGUUAAACCACGGCUCAGGUUCAUUUCUUUAACUUACAGAACUGCUUAGGAAAUAUUUAACAAAUAUGGCAGACGCAAUUCAAAAGAAACUAAAAGCGGAAUUAGAAAAAUAUACACAGCUGCAGAAAGAUGUUAGUAAAAGCAUGUCGUCCAGACAGAAGCUAGAAACGCAGCUGACUGAGAACAACAUUGUCAGAGAGGAGCUCGAUCUGUUGGAAAGCUCGAACACGGUUUAUAAACUUAUUGGUCCAGUUUUAGUGAAACAAGAUUUGGAUGAGGCCAAAGCUACUGUUGGAAAACGACUGGAGUACAUCACGGGAGAACUUCAAAGGUAUGAGGCGCUCCUGAAAGACAUGGAGAAGAAAUCUGAGCAGCAUCGAGAGGUCCUGACCAGCCUUCAGCAGGACUUUCAGAAAGCUCAAGGCCUCGCUGGGGCCAAAUGAUCGUCACUUUCACACACAGCAGAGCGGAGAUGAAGACACGUAAAGACACGACACGCUGCGCCCGGGCAGUCUCAUGACUGUGACUCUUCUCUUCUUGAUAAUAAACAUGGUGUUUUGCUUGAAA